AUGGCUUCAACUAUGGAUAUCGAAGAAACCGGAAAUGGGCGUCAGGCUGCUGAGCUCUUGCGUCCCAUGGGAAAUUCCUUCCAAGAGAAGGACAACUGCGAUGAAAGUUUUAUUGUUGGAUAUCACCACAAGUUUGCUGCUGGUAUCUACAUUGGUUCCGGCUUAGGCAAACAAACAGCCGAGCUCUCUCUGAAUGCAAUGGCCGAUCGCUUACAGUUGAACUCAAAACGCUCCAAUCAUACUACUGCCGAGCAUUUCGGCAGUGAGCUGCAGGCGGAAGAGUCUUUUGGUAUAUCUAUUGAUACAACUGGAGAUCUGGCUGCGGUACAAAGAGCUGUGUUGGAGUGGAGCGAGGGCAUUUGUGCUACAUCCAAGAAGAUUCUACGGCCAACGAAAAUCAAGCUCAACUCUGGUCUACCUACUGUCUUUCAGAGGAUUGGUUACUAUGAAGCCUUUGCGUCUAAGCGAGACUGCCUUCAUUUAAGGGCAAAGCAUGCCAAUGCUGAUGGCUCAUAUACGCAUAUUUACUGGGUAUUUGCUGAUAUCGAUCCAGUCAGUUGGAAACGAGUCAUCAACGAUGGUAGGAACGAGUGGGAGGACUUCAAAAAGCUGCCAAAUGUAAAGUGCAUUUUACCAUUAGGCGGUUGGGCAUACUCGACAGAGCCGGCCACGUAUAGUAUUAUCCGAGAUGCCAUCAUCAAUAACAGACAAAUUUUUGCCAGUAGCUUGGCACAAUUUGUCAAGGAUGAGGGCAUCGACGGUGUCGAUAUUGAUUGGGAAUACCCUGGUGCGCCGGAUAUCUACGUUGGGGGCCAGACCAUUGGCCAAAAAUCCGACGGAGUCAACUGCCUGAAAUUUCUUACCGUAUUAAAAGCCAGAAUAGGAAGCGAAAAGUCGGUAUCAAUUGCAGCUCCUGCCUUAUACUGGUAUUUGAAGUCAUUUCCUAUUGACCGGAUCGCUUCUAUUGUUGACUAUAUCGUGUACAUGAUAUACGACUUGCAUGGCUAA